AAAACAAAAUCAUUCCCAUUUUCUCUCUCUCUCCUCCCCGAAAAUUCCAGACCCCAUCUCCAAUUUCUCUCUCUCUCUCUUCCUCUCUUUCCGUCCUUCGAUUCCUCCCAAUCGAUUCUGCCCCAAAUCCCGCCCGAUUCGCGCCGUAAUCGCCGCCCGAUUCGGCAGGAAUCGCCCCCGUCCGCCGCCGCCGCCGUCCUCGCCGCCGCGGUCGUCGUCUCUUCUCUCGGAAAGCUAGGUCAAUCGGCGGGGGAUGAGCUUUCAGGAUUUGGAAGCCGGCCGGCGCGAUCUCAUCAGCGGCAAGCAGGACCCCACGCAGGCCGUCGCGUCCGGCGUGUUCCAGAUCAACACCGCCGUCAACGCGUUCCGGCGGCAGGUCAAUGCGCUCGGGACUUCCAAGGACACGCCCGAGCUUCGGGAGAAGCUGCACAAGACAAGGCUAUAUAUUGGGAACCUGGUGAAGGAUACCUCAGAAAGACUUAAACAAGCCAGUGAGACAGAUCAUCAAGCUGGUGUUAGCCCUGCCAAGAAGAUUGCAGAUGCAAAACUUGCAAAAGAUUUUCAGGCUGUUCUGAAAGAGUUUCAGAAGGCCCAACGGCUUGCAGCUGAGAAGGAAACUGCAUACGCUCCAUCUGUACCCCAGUCUGUUCUUUCUUCUAGCUAUUCUGCCAGUGACCAAGAGAUAAAUGCUGAUAAGAGUUCACAACAGCGUGCUCUCCUUGUUGAAUCAAGGAGAGAACAAGUAUUGCUGGCCGAAAAUGAGAUUGCCUUCAAUGAAGCUAUCAUUGAGGAAAGGGAGCAAGGAAUCCAGGAAAUCCAGCAGCAAAUUGGUGAGGUGAAUGAAAUGUUCAAAGAUCUUGCAGUGCUUGUUCAUGAUCAAGGGACAAUGAUUGAUGAUAUUGGUUCUCAUAUUGAAAGUGCACAUGCAUCCACUGCUCAAGGAAAGUCCCAUUUGGUGAAAGCUGCAAAGACUCAAAGAUCAAAUUCAUCUAUGAGUUGUUUGCUUAUGGUGAUGGUUGGGGUAGCCCUUCUUAUUGUGGUCAUAGUAGUUGCAGCUUAAGCAGAAGAAUAAGCAAGCAUUAGUGGAGACUGCUCAUGGGAGUGAAUGAUACAAUGGGGUUAUCCUGAUUAACCACCCUUAUUUGUUCUUUCACUAUAAAACAUGGUCGACAGGAGUCUGCUAUAUGUAAAACUGGGAGUAAACAAUUUAUAAUUUUUCCUCUACUAAGGAAGAAAAACAGUGGGGAGGAAAGAAGAGAGAGGAGGUGGGAGGGUUGCUUGCUGCGUUGGCUGGUGAAGUUCCUGUAUACGUACCAUCUGGGAUUAUGAUUUGGCCUAUCAAGGUUUGUGUCACUGCUGUCCUGUAAAGGUGCUCUCAUUGUUAUCAAUAAUAGCCUCUGCAAUUCUUUGAAUUGUCUUACCAAA